AUGCGCGACGCGAACUAUCAAGUGUCAGCGGUGCCGAUCGAUCAGCGGAUAAUUUUAUUGAUUACAGCUGGCGCGAGAGACGGAGGAGGAAGGAGAUACCCGGUGAUCGUGUUCGUGCACGGCGAGAGCUAUGAAUGGAGCAGCGGCAACCCCUACGACGGCAGCGUGAUGGCGAGCUACGGGGGUGUCGUCGUCGUCACCAUAAAUUACAGACUCGGCAUUUUAGGCUUUCUAAACGCCAACACGGAUUCGCACUUACGCUCGCCGGCGAAUUAUGGGCUGAUGGAUCAGAUCGCGGCGCUGCACUGGGUGCAGGAGAACAUCGGCUACUUCGGCGGAGAUCCGAGGAACGUGACGUUGAUCGGCCACGGGACUGGAGCGGCCUGCGUCAAUUUCCUCAUGACCAGUCACGCGGUGCCGGACGGUCUGCUGUUUCAUCGCAGCGUUCUAAUGUCUGGCAGCGCGCUUUCUCCGUGGGCGCUGGUGAGAGGAGCCGCAAAUUACGCUCUGCAAGUUGCCAAACAUCUAAAUUGCUCGUGGGCCGCAGGUGAUUCUCAGGCAUUGCUGAGAUGCCUGAGGGAGGUGCCGCUGAACGCGCUGGUUUCGGUGCCCGUAAAAGGGUUGGAAUUCGCGCCCGCAUUUGGACCCAGCAUAGACGGAGUCGUGAUUGAUCCAGGCGAUCCAGACGAUCAGGACUUCACCCUGCAGGUGGACACGAUCAAUACGCUGAACAACAUCUUGCUGCGGAAGGACGUCGUAGCAAAACUCUCGAGGUACGAUCUGAUGAUCGGAGUGGUCCGUUCAGAGGCGUACUUCGCUUUGACUGCGGACGACGCGCAAUACGGGAUCGAGGCUGACAGGAGAACAAAAAUCCUGCGGGAGUUUGUGCGUAAUACGUACACGUACCAUCAGGCAGAGAUCUUGGCGACGAUAAUCAACGAGUACACCGACUGGGAACGGCCUGUGCAACAUCCGGCGAACAUAAAAGACGAAACCUUGGAAGCUUUGGGGGAUGCAAACACCGUGGCACCGGCUACGAGAACGGCGGACCUUCACAGUCAGUCUCAUCGAAACUCCUACCUCUACGUGUUCGAUUAUCAGACAAAAUUCGGAGAUUAUCCUCAGAGACCAGGCUGCAUCCACGGCGAGGAUCUGCCGUAUUUUUUCGGGGCACCUCUGGUGGGCGGCCUGUCCCAUUGGCCGAAGAAUUACACGAGGGCCGAGGUCGCCCUGUCCGAGAGCGUGAUACUCUAUCUGACGAACUUUGCACGCACCGGAAAUCCGAACGAAGGAACACCGGACGUCGCGCUGCUCAGACCCGAGAGAACGAAGUUGAAGAACAUCGAUUGGAGCGCUUACGAAACGGUGCACAAGAAAUACCUGAGCAUAGACCUCAAGUCGAAGCUGAAGAACCACUACAGGGCGCACAGACUCUCGUUUUGGCUGAACCUCGUGCCCGACCUCCAUAAGCCUGGUUCCGACGAUGUUCCUAGAUCGCAUCAUCUUCUUGAUACUGAACAGGUGCCACCCAGGUUCAUCCAGAGGAUACCAACGACCACCAGGAUGACCACGGCGGAAGUGACGCUCGCGGAAAGGACGCUGAACGUCUCGACAGCGAUACCGAGCGAAUUGGCUUUCGAGGAUUCAACAGCCCAACCGGAAGACGGCUUCGCGGCUUACUCCACGGCCCUCAGCGUAACGAUAGCGAUCGGGUGUAGCCUGCUGAUCCUGAACGUUCUAAUUUUCGCGGGUGUUUACUAUCAACGCGACAAGAGCAACCAGCACAACUGUUCGAAGAAGCGACAGGAAAACGGACAGAUGCCUAACAAUAUUUGCGGAGAUCUGGAUACCAAGACUGCCGAGAGACACCAUAUUCAACACAUCCCACCGCCCGAAUUCGCGGAUUUGCAGAACAACAGUUGCCACGUACCUAUGCCACCGCCACCGCCGAAGAACACGAAACCUGGCAAGCCUGGACAGAACCUGAUCAUCAGUCCGAAUCAGCUGCAGCAGGAAAGCAUGGCGAUGACCGGGACCGGGACACUGAAGAAGGGCCACAAUCAUCAACAGCAAGUGAUGGACGAACUGAGGGUUUGA